CCUGUCCCCACAUUGAUCCUCCAGGCCAAGCUAACUCAUCCAGUUCCUGCCUCUCUUCAGAGGCCCACACCUCCACACUCUUUAGCAGGAAACGGAGAUUGAGAAUGGCUCAUUUGAAGAAAUCAUUCUUCUGUCACACAUUCUGCGGAGUCUUGCUAGCUGCAGUGAUAUUUCCAGAGUUACUGCUGGCUUCUGCCUGUGACUGAGCACAUGAAGGAAGAUGACAUGCAACAGGAUGGUACUGUGGUUUCCCCUUUCUCACAACAGAAGAAACUUAACCGUAACAGAAGAAACAUAAGCUGGUACAAGCAGCACUCUGAUUUCUGGAACUGGUACAAGUACUUCACUGACAAUGGCAAUCAGCAAGGAGUUGCGGAGCUGGAUCGUGUGUAUCUGGCAUACCUUCAGAAUAAGAACCGGGCUGAAGCUCAGCGAUCCUACAAACUCUACCUGCAGCACAUAGGUGACAUCUACAAGUCCUGUGCGGAGUCUGACGACCCAAACUGUGUGGCCUCCUACACUAGUAGGUCAAAUCCCAAGGCUGAGUCCUCGCAGCCUGCUCCUGUCAAGUCUUGUGACCCUUUCAGGGAUCCUUAUUGUCUGCAUGCUCAGGGAUACUCGCCGUAUCCUUACACGGCCCCUGUUGGUGUAAAGGCGGCCGCUGCUGUCCCUGCCCCCGCCCCAGUUAAAACCCCGGCCUAUAUCCGGACUCCUGCAGUGAAGGACCCGCUCUCAGGCUAUUACUACUACUCCCCCAUGGUGCAGCCCUUCCUGUCUAACGAGCAGAAAGCUGAACUUCUGCGGAUCUGUGAUGCUGAAGAUGUCGAGUGCCUUCAGUACCACCUGCGUGCUGCCUAUGGUUAUAAGCCUGCGCCCGGGCCGGCCCCGUCCUACACACAUCUUGGCUGUGACCCGAAGAGUGAUCCGAACUGCGUUGCCCAACUGAUGCAGAAGACCCCAUCUAGUCUGUACCUUCGCUACCCAAACUGCGACCCUCAUGUCGACCCCUACUGCUCCUAUGCUGCUUCCCUUGCAGCUGCCCAGAACCUGGAGUCGCCCUCUUCUCUGGCCCCACGUGGGACGCUCUGCAACCCCCUCUUUGAUGAAAACUGCAACCCCCUGAUGGCUACCAGGUUUUCCAGCUUGGUCCCUCCUUCUGAUGAGCCCAAAGAUGAGCCAGCACCAGCAGCUGAAGACAUGCAGCUGCCGGCCAGCCCCCGCUUUGACCCCAUGGCCAUGUACCAGGAUUCCACCGCCUCUUCUGCCAUGCGCAGAAGGCCACCCGCCCCACGCCAGCAACCGCAGUUCCUACAGCCCCCCAGCCUAGACGAGAGCCGCCACUCACUGGGACCCCCCGGCAAGACGAAGGAGGGCUAUGACUGCUUCAUUGGCUAUGAUGAGGAGUGCUACCCAGUAAGAGGCCAGAAUGAACCCCGUGUCCACUCACCCUGGCAGGUGGCCCACUCCACCGAGGCAUAUGAGCCCCACCGCCAUGCCGAAGGCACCCGGAAGGGUGUGAUCGAGCCUGACCCCGACUGUGAUCCCGAGUAUGACAGCAACUGCCGUCUGCGCCGCUAUGAGCCUGAGGCAGAUGGGGCUGGAGCCCCUGUCCUGAGGGACAGGCAGCGUGAGUACCAACCUAGCCAAGACCAAAAAAGAGAUGCUGUCCACCAGGAGAAUGUCCAACAUCAUAGGGAGGAGGUCCACCCCGAACAGCAGGGAGAGAAUCUGGGAUAUGAACAGCUGCAAUAUGACACCUAUAUGAGUGGCCAGGAGGACCCCUAUGCCAACUAUGGUCCCCAGGAGCCAGGUAAGGUCAGCUUCCAGGACAUCCUAAGGGGGUACGGAGGCCGCUACCAGGAUGACCAUCGGGCAUACACAGGAGACUACAAAAAGAAAUGAGAACAACCAGAAGAAUUAGGAGAGCAGGACAGCUCCCCGUGGAUAGGUGUUAAUAUGUACUCUGAUUGAAAAAUACACAGCAACUGUAAUUAUGCUGUAAUUACAGAAAGGUAGCUCUUUGGCUGAUUCACUCAUGUCUGAUGUAACAGUGUACCUGAGCACAUACCAGGCCCAGAGGUUUGACAGCACCUGUAUAGGAUUCCAUUUCUUUGGCCUGUAUGUCUAGUUUGUUGAUUUAAUUGGCUUAUCUUAAAUAACUGUUUGAUAAGAUAUACAGAUUAAGGAAAGGGAGAUGUAGAGCACCUCUGUUAAGUUUCUAUAUUAAUAUGCAUAUGAGCUUGUGAAAUAACUCUGGGGUGUCAGGUUAUUAAAAUAUGCUGAUUACUGUUUGCAGGAGCUGGGAGAAUGGACAGGGGGUCUGAAUAUAUUACAGUUUCAACCACCUUACUUCUUUUUUCUUUUUCUUAGUUUUGUUUUUUUGUUUGUUUGUUUCUAUUGUUUCUAUCCUGUUGCAAUAUCAUGAUGUCCAUUCAGGGGUAUAGUUAAUAAAUUUCCUGAG